AUGAGGAAGUGUCUACUUUUAUGUGUUUUCUUUGCUGUAGCCUAUGCCGGACAUGAGUGUGUUUGGAUUAUCGGCAAAGUAGACUGCGAAAACGAUCCCUCUAAGAAUUUAAAUGUCGAGAUACGUGUUUAUGAUCGGGAUGGAGUAGGUCCUUUUCGUCUUAUUGAUCCAGAUGAUUUAAUGGGAGUAACGUUUUCUAAUGAGGACGGCAGUUUUCAAUUAGAUGGAUGUGGGGAUGAUUACGAUUGGAUUCCUGGAGUUAAAAAUGUUCCCGAACCUUAUAUGGAGAUUCGUCAUUACUGUAACAAUCCUGAAGGCGAGACUAUAACUCUUCCUGAAUUCAGCAAGUUUGUUCCCGAAACCUAUGAAAUUGGUACCGUUGUACUCGAUCGAAAAUCAUAUAACAGAGCUGCCAGAAACAACAACUAA